CACGGACGAACCCAAGCAUGUUUAUCAGGGCUCAACGGAUUCGGAUAAAAAGAGGCAAAUCCAAAAGAGAUUUGUGAUGGGUUCGGAGACGUUCUUAGAAGUCAUCUUAGCAAUAUUGCUUCCUCCUGUUGGAGUCUUCCUCAGAUAUGGCUGUGGAGUGGAGUUCUGGAUAUGUCUGUUGCUGACAAUUUUAGGAUAUAUUCCAGGCAUUAUAUAUGCCAUUUAUGUCCUGGUCGGAUGACGCUUUAUAUAUAUGUGUUUUUUUUUUCAAUCAAUAUUUUCACCGUUUUAUGCAUGUGGGUUUUACUUCACUGUAUCUUCUUCCCCCGGUUUUUGCCGUUCUUAUUAGAAUUGUCAUAAUUAUUCUGUAGAUGCCACAAGGCUUUGUGAUUUGCAGUGUAGUACUCUUUCUAAGUUGUUCUGUUCAAUUUCAGUGGAAUGUCAGCAUGAAACAUGGUCUGAUUCCAAUUCAAUUAUUGCAGUUCUUUUGAAUAGAAAUGAAUAUCAUGAUGCUCUUUUCUUUUA